AGAUAUUCUUCACAUUAUACAUAUGGUUAUGCAUAUAAUUAAGAUAAAAUGCCGAUGUUAAUCUAUUCUUUCCUCUUCUUUUUCUAAAGUUCACAUAUGUACAGAGUAGUUACUUUCCAGCGUAUAUAUAGAUGUUCCAUUUUAAAAAAUUAAUAAAAAAUGGUCGCUGAACAAAGAAGACGGGUCGAAGACCUUAUGACUAGAAUGAUCGAAGAAAUGGACAAAGCAUAUUUAAGGAAAAUGCAGGGUAAUAUGCAUAGAUGUGCGGCUACUUGUUGUGAUAAUGAAAGUUACAGCAUACUACAAGUACAAAACUGUGUAGAAAAUUGUAGUUCCUCGUUAAAUGAGGCACAAAAUUAUGUUCAGAAUGAAUUUGUAAGAAUACAGAAUCGAUUACAAAGAUGUGUAAUGGACUGCAAUGACACAAUAAAAGAUAAAAUGAGUUCAAAUCUAACGCAAAAUGAAGUGGAUAGGUAUAGCGAAGAAUUUGAUAAAUGUGCAACAAAAUGCGUAGAUACUUAUUGCGACUUACUGCCUUCGUUGGAAAAAUCAAUGAAAAAUGUACUUUCAAGUAAAGUUUAAAAAUAGUAUAAGGAUAAAUAAAUUAUUCUUAUAAGACUAAAAAACAAAUUUCAAUUGUUGAAACAUGCAUCUUUUGUAAUUUUUAUAGGUAUUAAAUAUGUAACAUAGAGAAAACUGUUAAUAUUCAGAAAAAUUGUUUUUAAGUGCAUUAAUGCAUUGGUGGUGUAUAUAAUGCUCAAAGUUUUACAUACUUUAGUUAGUUUUCCUGUAUUACAGUUAAAUACAGUAGUUUUAUUUCAAUUAUUACAGAUCUUACUUUGUCAUUUUCAAAAGAAUUUAGUCACUUUUUUAUAGCCAUAAAUACUUUUCCAUUUGUACAUAUAUAAAAAAUAUGCACCUGUUUCAAUUAUGCUUCCUAAUCUUUUUCCAAAAAAUAUAGAAUAUAAUAGCUAGAAAUUACAGUGUCGUUGUAACUUAUUUUUUAAACAUAUUGGUUCCAGUAUUCAGCGUCAUAUUUUUUUCUAUUCAUAGUUUCAAAAAUAAUUGUUACAAAUUGGGAGUAACUUUCCGCCGCUUCGUGUUUCUUAGAUAUCAUUUUGACGUGUACUGCCUCAUCUAAUACUUGCUUCUUCUCAAAUUUGUUUCC